GGACAAAUACAAAUCCGUGUAGAAAAUGUUGGAAUAUGUGGUUCGGAUUUAAGUUUCUGGAAUCAUAACGGAAUCCCGGACUGUCUUGAAGGUAAAGAUCCCUAUGGUAUAGGGCAUGAGGGCGCGGGCAUUGUGUCAAGGCUAGGUGAAGGAGUCACUUCCCUAAAGAUUGGCGACAAGGUUGCCAUGGAUCCAUUGGCAAGCUGUGAAAGGUGCUAUGACUGUAAAACGGGACGGUUCAAUUUAUGUGAGAAAGUAGCGAUAUGCGGUUUCCCUGGACAUUGGGGCUACAUGGCAAGAUAUUUCGUCGAGAAUGCUAAACAUUGUUUUCGGUUACCAGAUCAUAUUAGUACAGAAGAAGGUGCUAUGCUCGAGCCUCUUGCUGUCGCCCUGCAUGGAUGCCGCCGUGCUGGUGUAUCUGCCGGAAACAACGUUCUCAUAACUGGAGCAGGUCCUAUUGGAUUACUGGCCAUGAAGGGCGCCAGAGCACUUGGUGCUUUAAAAAUUUGUGUAACAGAUGUAAAUGAAACUCGUAUUAAACUGGCGAAGCAGUUAGGAGCUGAUUAUGCUCUAGACGUGACAUCAAAAGAAGCACUGGAAAUUGAAAAAAUGGUAGAGGAGUGUUUUGGAGAGAAGCCUCACAUGACAAUAGAGUGCAGUGGAGCACCGACUGCCAUUCAAGCAGCCAUUAGGUCUACAAGAAAUGGUGGCCGUGUUUCGCAGAUCGCACUAGGGGAAGGAAAUGUCACAAUACCGAUGAUUAACGCUUCCUUUAGGGAAGUCGAUAUCUUAGGGAUUAGGUCAAACCCGUAUUGUACCCCAUUGGCUCUGGACCUUGUUGCUUCCGGCCGGAUUGACGUUAAGCCCCUUGUUACACAUAGGUUUGAUUUGGAAAAUGUUGCUGAAGCUUUUAAAAAGGCACAGACACGUGAUUGUGGGAAGGUCAUGGUCAGAUGUAACAAGGACUAAUUGUUGUCGUGACAUUUGACUGUAACAGUAUGUUAAACAACAAGAACAACAAACAAUUAUUAAACAUACCUAUGCGGACAGUGUCACUUUAAAACGAUCAUCUGUUCAAAUAUGAAUGAUUAUAUUUUAUACAAAUCUUAAGUAUUUAAUGCAGGUAAACUGGUUGAUAAGAAUAUUGAUAGAUUAUAAUCUUUGGUAACCACAUCUGAUGACCUAAGUUACAGUCUGAUUUGAAAAUGAAAAGAUCAAUCUUGUGAGAUUGUGCUUGUUUACUAUAAUAUUUGCAAUUGUGUUGAGAUUCAAAAAGAAAUUAUUUGCUUUUAAAUGAAAACAAUUGAAACAAGACAUGUCUGUAUGUUAUGUUUAUGUGAGAUAUAAGAAGCUAUCAAAUAUACUAACAAGUAUGCAUUUCGUAUGUAAUAAUUAUAUAUAGAAUACAUUUAUAAUUUUUAUAUAUUCAAAUAUAUCUUUAUCGUGGUGUUUUUAUCAUAUACACAUAUAGUAACUAAAUAUGAAUCUUGUGUGUUGUUUUUUAAGUUAUAAAACGAUUAACUGUUAAAGUAAACAACUAAAAAUGGGCAAUAUUGAUCACUUUUUAUGUCCAUUUUCCUACAGACGUGUCUUGUACCGACUGUCAAGUUUUCCCAAUGGUACCAAUGUUUACGGACACAAUUUGUUAUUGAUAGAUUAAUAAUGGCAGAUUUGCACAAAAAAAUUAGGAUCAAUUUUAUUUAUUAUAACAUUAAUUAGACUGUACCAAAGAACAAAUUUAUGGCUAGAUGCCAUUGCUACCAUUUGGCACCAAUGUCUAUAAUAUUGCCAUUGACUCAAAUAGUAUGAUUAAAUCCGUUCAGAGUAAAUUGUCUACUAGUGGCAUCAAUGAUUAUUCAUGAUACCAAUUUUAUUUUAGUAUUGAUACCACUAAAAAUACUCUGAACAUUAUCUUAAACAAUACACGUCAAUAUUUCUUAUCCGGAACUAGACAAAUAUGGGAUUUUCCAAGCUAACCCUACAGUACAAACAAUGUUUUACCGUAAUAGCUUCAGGGUGCACCACUGUGUAUAAAAGAGAAGUCAACCUGUUGCGCUUACUUUCGACGGUAUAACUGUUAAUUUAUUGGGGGAAAACUCCUUGGUACUAUCAGGCUUUCUGAUCUUGUUAUGCCCCCUUCAAAGAAGUGGGGGUAUAUUGCUUUGCUUUUGCCUGUUUGUCUGUCGGUCGUUCGUAGACUAAAUGGUUUCCGAUCAAUAACUAAAGAACACUUAGGCCUAAAAACUUCAAACUUAGUAUGAUGAUUGUUCAUGACCAGUAGAUGACCACUAUUGAUUUUGGGAUCAAGGAUCAAGGUCAUCUUGACCUUGUACAUAAAACCGGUUUCCGAUCAAUAACUUAACAACCCAUGGGCUGUUUGCCUUCAAACUUUGAAGGUGCAUUGGUCUUGGCAAAUAAAUGACCCCUUUCGAUUUUGAGGUCGAGGCUUUACAGAUCAAGGUCAUAUUGACCUUGUAGGUUAAAAAGGUUUCCGAUAAAUAACUUGACAACCCAUACGCUGUUAGCCCUCAAACUACAUAGGUGCAUUGCUCUUGGAAAGUAGAUUACCCCUAUUGUUUUUGGGUCAAUAGGUCAAAGGUCAAUGUUACAUUGACCUUGUAUGUCAAAACGGUUUCCUAUCAAUUACUUGACAAUCCAUAAACCCUUUAUCUUAAAACUUCACAAAUACAUUGCAUUUGGUCAGAAGAUGACAUUAAUGGAUUUUUGGUGCCAAAGUAACAGAGGUCAAGAUCACAUUGACCUUAAAGGUAAAUAUUCUUUCUGAUAAUUAUCUCAAUAACUCAUGGGCCUUUUACCUUCAAAUUUCACAGGUGCAUUGGUCUUGGCCAGUAGAAAACUCAUAUUGAUUUAAAGGUCAAAGGUCAAAGUCACACUGACCUUGUAUAUAAAACCAAUUUCCGACCAAUAACUCAAGAACUCAAGUUGCCUUAGUUGAUAUUUUUAUUAAACUAAAAUGCUUUUGGUAUACACAUUUCAAGGUCUAAUGUAAUAUAACAAUUUGGCUGUCGUGAAGAAGGCCUGCAUGAUUCAUAAAAUAUAUGCAUAUAUUAUUUGAUAAGAUUUGUGAUAACUUUGUCAUAUAAUUGCUGCACACAACAUUUACGGUUACACAAUUACCUAGUUACUAGUGUUAUGUAUGCAACAUAUAACAUGUAUAUAAUUUAUAUCUGACCAGUUGGUAUUUCCAAUAUUAUCAUUGUUCUAUUUUUAGAACAUAAACUACAUGUAUGUACUAGAACUUUCUUAACUGUUGUAGAAUACUCAUGCUUUAUAAUUAGAUAGAAAUUUCCGGAAUGAUCUUUAUUGUUGAAGUUGCUAGAUUAUGAUUACUGUAGAAAAUGGAAGACUAUUCUAGAAACUUCUUAGCUUAAUAUAUAUAGAAGACAUUUUUCUUUCGUAUUACCUUUUAAGUCAUCAGUGAUCUUUGAAGUCAUCAGUUACCUUUUAAGUCAUCAAUAUAUUUGGAGUAUUAUUAAGUGAUUUAUUGGAGCUUGGAUUAUUUUAAAAUAGUUAAAAUUAUUCUUGUGGAUUUUAUUGUGGGAAUUUAUUCUAAAGUGUUCUUGGAUUUUACUUGGAUUUAACUGUGCUAUUCAAAAAGGGAUCAUUCCAGGAUCAGACUAGACAUUUGAAAUUUACAUUUUUAUUUGGACUUCAGGUAUUUGUAAACAUAAUUUGUUAUUUUAUUUUUCUUUAAUAAUUUUCUGUAAUAAAUUUGUUAUUGUUACAAGUUUGUUGCUGGCUUUUCUUUCUCGUUACGCCUGGCUCGUAACAGAAAUUGGGGGCUCGUCCGGGAUUGAAUAUUUCUUUUUGGCUACAUUAUUGGAAAUUAUUACCGUUUAUUUUACAUUUUAUUAUUACAAUAUUUACUCAUUUGAGUUGAUAUCAUAGUUGUUCUAUUAAGUGUGCCUUUCAAUUCUGAAUUUUUUUUUAAACACACCAUAUUUAAGUUUAAAACCAGCAGCAAGCAGUCAUGUCUUUUGAUUUAGAAAAGUUUGUAGCUGAACCUUCCCAGGAGGUAUUAGAUUUGGCUAAGAAAACUGAUUUGCUUGAUCUUGCAAAAAAGUAUAAUUUAUCAGAAAUUAAAUCUUCAAUGCGUAAACAAGAAAUUAAAAAUCUUCUGAUUCAUUAUUUUGUGGAUGAAGAUAUUUUUGGAGAAGAUGCACUUUCUCACAUUGUUGAAAAACACUCUGAAAUUUCUGAAAUAAAGAUAA